AUAUUUAUAUAUUUCCAUUUUUGUCAUUUCUUCCCACUACUCUCUAUACACAUCCCUUGUUUGCCUCUCUCUCUCUCUCUAGGCGGCUCUGUUUGAAAUUUACCGACAGUUUUGGAUUAAUUAGACGGCUGUUUUCUUCCCCUUGUAAGAUUACAGAUCAAAAUGACUAUGCACACAAUAUGCUUCAAAGAAAAUGAAGGGAUUUUCCAAGAUCCACAGGAGAUUCCUCUCUGGAGCGUGGUGGGAUCGCCGCUGCCGCCGCCGAAUGUGCUGUCUCUGGCCGGAAAGAAUCUUCAGUUAGGUGUGGCUAAGGAAUCUGGUGAAGAUCGGCGAGUUCUUGCAAAGGAAGAUUCCACUCACUUCACUGUUUUUACUGUCCAAGAUGCGUCGAUGGAACGUGAGGGACAAUUCAAGCUCGGAUUUGGGCAACCACUGGCAAUACAGAUAUGUGCUAAGUAUCCUUAUAACGCAGAGCAAAGCUAUGGUAUAUAUCCAGCUCAAAUCGAGGGAAGUCGUAUGAUGCUGCCAUCGAACGUGGCUAUUGAAGGAGGACCCAUUUUUGUGAAUGCUAAGCAAUACAAUGCAAUCAUGAGACGUCGACGGUGUCGUGCAAAGGCAGAAUCAAAGAAUCAAGAGCUGAAAACUCGCAAGCCUUACAUGCACCUGUCCCGCCAUCUCCAUGCCGUGCGCCGCCACAGGGGAGUCGGCGGCCGCUUCCUCAGCGCAAAAGGCUCCAACACUGAGGAAAAAAACAAGCAAGCAAAGCAUGAGCAGCCGCAGUCAACUGAGUCACAGAUGUCUGAAGUCCUAGAAUCCGAUGGCGGCCAUCGUUCCACGAAAACAAACAGUGGCUCCGAGGUUACUAGCUAUCUCCAUCACUUCGAGUUCGAUCUUCUCCAGCCUUCGUUUCCGCCGUUUAUGGCUAGUAACUAUCUCAAAGUGUGAGGGUGUAGUGAGCGAAUCUACUCGGUCGAUGGCGUUGGGUUCCCUAGCGAUGGGGCUAACGCUGUUGAGUGAUAUGAUUUGUUCACUUGGGCAACUCAUUCUUGGCUAAUCAUCAUCUCCUUUGUUCAAAACAUAAGUGUGUUGAGGUUUGUAAUAACAUUUGGAGGGACUUGCAUUUCCAGAGCUUCUGAUGUUGCUUCUCCCUUUCUGAAGUACUACUUUGUUUGUUAUGUUUAUCAUGUGGUGAGUAUUGUGUGUUUCAACUCUCCUGUCGCAUGUAAACAACUUUCCAUUGUAAAAUGGUGUACUUUUGUUUUGUACUCUACUACUUUAAUAUAUUGGUGUGACUGUGUUGUAUA